CGGAGCGUGCGCAAGCGCAGUCGCGCCGUAGGCGGUUGGGGAAGGCCGCCGCGUGAAGAAGGACGGGUGAGGCCGGCGGCGAAGGUGGGCGCCGCCACCGCCUCCCCACGCCCUCUUCGGAGAGAGCGGCGCUGAGGCGGGCCUGACCGGAAGGCCUAUCGUUUAAUCCCAGCCGGGACCAGGGCACCGGCUCGGCCCGGUCGCUGUUAUGCGCCACAGCCUGGCCCAGCUCUUAGCGGCCUCGUCUGGGCAGGGAAAGCCCGGAGAGCCGGCCGCGGCCUGCUCGUUUCCAAGCCCGGCGGCCGAGCGGCGGACCGAAGAGGAGACAGAAGCGGCAGCGAUGGCGGCCGAGGACUCCCUGGAGGAGCCGGACGAGGGCGAGCUGCUCUUCCCGGCGGGGCUGGAGCUGGACGCCUGGCUGGAGGCGGCGGCGGCGGUGGGCGGCGGCGGCGAGGCCUCUUCUCCGGCCUGGGGCGGGGCGAGUCCGCCGGCCGAGGCGGCGUCGGCGUCGCGGCCUUCGAGCUCGUCUUCUUCUAGGCCGGCGCGGCCGGGCAGCAAUCGUCUGAAGGCGGCGGCGGCGGCGCGUCUGAACCGGCAGAAGAAGAAGCUCUACGUGCAGGGCCUGGAGACGCGCUUGCAAGGCCUGGCCGCCGAGAACCGGCACCUGCGCGACCGCAACCGCGGCCUCUGCCGCCGCCUGCGCGACCUGGAGCGGGAGACGGGCUACUUGCGGGCCGUGCUGGCCAACCAGAGCGCCUUGGGCCGCCUGCUCGGCCGCUUGGCUGGGGACGGAGCCGGCAGCCUGGGGCUUCGCAUGAGGAUCAGCACCAGCCUCUUCCAGGAGACCGCAGCGGCCGGAGCCUGCGGCGAGACCGGCGACCACGACUACGCGCUCCCGGUCCGGGCGGAAGACCCGGCGGAGGAGAAGCUGCGCCCGUCGUCCGGCAGCCCCGGCGGCGUUUGCCUCCACGUGGACCGCGACCACCUUUCGGUGGAGUUUUGCUCUCUCUGCGCCAAGCGGGCGGCCAGCUCGGAGACUUGGGCGGCCGCUCCUCUUCUUCCUCCUGCUGCUGCCCCCUCCUUCAUCUCCAAAAUUUUCUCUUUUAGGUGCUUGCCCUGCCAGGCUUCGUUGUGUAGGGGUUAAAAGAACAGUCGUUUGCCACCUCGCAACCUGGUAAGGAUCCAUAAUAUUCCCGUAAUGUGGUAUCGGGCAGUUUGCAUUGGUACUUAGCCUGUUUUUCUUUACAAAAAUAUUUGGCCUGGCCCAGGAGUUAGAAGUAGCUCUGGAGGCAUUUCCUAGAAUCAGUUAAUUUUGAUUAAUCAAGUUUCAAGUAAUGGCACUACUUUCCCCUGUCAUUCUAAUUUUUUAGCAUGUUCCUGAUGAGAUACUUGUAGACAUUAUUUUAUGUAAUAUUUUAAUAGGUUAAGAUUAUGGGGGGGGGAAAAACAUUGCUAAAUUGAUAUUUAGCAAUGUGUUGCGUGGUGAAAGGGGAAUCAAGACCAUUGUUUUUGACUGAGGCAAUGUGAGUAUAUCUUUAAAGAAAUAAAAUAUACCUCAACAUUUACUUUAGAUCUUGGACUUUUCUAGUGGAGUAAACUACUGAGUUUCGCAGCUUUGACAACCUAGUAAUGAGGCAAUUGCUAUAAAGUUUUCCAGUUUACAAGAGAUGGAUUUUUUGUCCAUAUACUUGGCUGUUCAGUUACUAUAAUAAUGUGUCCUUAUCUGCAAGGAAGCAAAUAAACCGACAUUUUAGUAAUGUCAGUGUUCUUUCACUACAUCGCUGCAUGCAUUUUGAAGACUACCUAGAAAUAUUUUAGUCUAGUGAAUUUUGUUUAGUUUUAAAAGUCUCAUGUAGGUCUCUUAAAGCGGGACCUGCAUUUCACUAAACUACUAAAAUGAAAGUGGCAUGCCAGUUUGAAGUUUUCAGAAAUAAGGAAAAAGUAAGUGAAUGUUAUCCCCCACACAUUUAUGCAAUUGUUCCUAUCUAGGGUGAAGGAAGAUUUUCUGCUGACAAACUCAUGCUGGUUUGGGGCUAGCACGUUUUCCCUGCAUCAACUGUCUGUUCUGUUUAAAUGCUUUAUAUUUAAACUUGUGUAAAUUGGGGACAUAAGGGUUGUGAAAUAAUGUAAAGUGAGGUUUCACAAAGAAUGCUAAACCUGGAAAAAUAAAAGAGGCUUCCUCUCGUCUUGAAUUAGAAACAGAUGAAUAUUUCUCCUGCGAAUGAAAUGCAAACUCCUUCAAAAUCUGUUGCACUCUAUAUGUGUUCAACCACAAAAUUUUCUUUGUGAAACCUUGCUGCUUAAUGAAGUAUGUGUAUAUUUAGCAUCCUUGUUUUUCUUUAUGCUGAAGUGGAUACAGCUGUCAUGGGCAGAAGAGACGGGACCAGCUGCUGGCCACCCUUCCUGCUUUAUUUUAAAAGGUAGUAUGAGAAAAAGGGAGCAAGGUAACAGGGCACUGGCUGCAUUUCACUUUGGAAAAAAACACUGAACAGGGUAACGUUAAUGUUUUGAGCAUCUAAUCCAAUCUAGCAAGAAAUUAAAUAUACUGAUGUGAAAAGUGGCAUCAUUUAAAAAAAGCAUUUGCUUUCUUACUGGUCAUUUCAUUUAUUCCUAUUCUGAAAUUUACUAAAUUGUUCAAACAUAUUCAUGUAUCAGAUGAUUAGUUUGACCACACCUUAAAUUUUCCAAUUUAAGAAUUAGGAUUGCUGCGAAGAUGAUUUUAAUUCUAAUUGAUGCAGCUGUUUACGCUCUGUUGUCACAUCUGCUAUAUAAAUGUACAUAUUCCAAUCUCUAAAUCAGUAGGAGCAUCUACAAGGAAACUGGCAAGUCUUUUCUUAAGGCAGCUACAAUGUGGCAGAGAACUAAUUUCUUUGCCAAUUCAUUUUUUGAUAUUAUCCUAUACUUAAUAACAGUGGCUAUUUUUUAGAAAUCUUUCUAAAUGUAGUAGCCCUUGCCAGAUAAUAAACUGAAAUAUAAAAAUGUAGAUAAGGUGUUUCUCAAUUUUUAAUCAUGCUUCAAUAUCUUUAAAUGGCAGCAAUUCAUUGUCUAUAAUUCAUUUAUUUAUUCUCUUGGGACUCAAUUGAAUUUAGUGAUUCCUUUUUUCUAUGGUUGAUAGCCAUGGGCCAAGAGGAAAGAUUUGUGACACAUACUUGUAUCUGUGGUUGUAUUCCAAGAAGCAAAUGCAUUUUUAAAUUGCUUUUCACAGUUGUUAAUGUUGCAUUAUUGUAAAAUUGAAUCUUUUCUUUUGUAUGAUUUAAAAUAUUUGUGACAUUAAAAAAAAUAUUCUGGGUAUUUAAUCAUGUGUGCGUUGAAAAAUAAACUGUUGCCUUGAAUACCAUUCUCAGCAUAAAGUGAGUGACACAUUUGCUUAGCCAGAAGGGAAGACUUGCAGGGAUUUUAGUGCCUCUUAAAACAUAUUCAAGCCAAAUAGAUCUGCAAACAUUUUGUCCUUGUUAACCAGUUGAUUGAAUAUUUCUUGAAAUUAAAAGCCUUGAAUGGAAUACCCUAAUAGUACUUCAAAAAUAUGUCAGUGUUUCUGUGUAAGUAAUUCAGGUGUACUUAUGAGGACAGCUAUUCAAAUUAAAAAUGUUUAUCUUUCAGUCAAAGACUCAAAGCUGUUUUUUUUUUUUUAUCAGAUCCCUUAAUUUUCUAUAAAAUAGUGGUUUAGCUGGGUGGCUCAUUCAGAAAUGAUUUGUGCGGUGUUAUGCAUUAUAGAUUAACCAAUAUAAUUGUAUGUGUAUUUUUCUGGUUGGGGAUGGAUUUAUAUUAGUGUUCAGAGGGUUUUUUUCUGUGAUUGAUAAUGCUCUAGCUGCAGUAUUUAUUUAGAAAGCUUUAAUUUUUCUGUAUCAUUUUCAUCACAUGCUCCCAGGAUGGUUUACCUAACAUAAAAAUUGCAGAAGUAAAAA